ACAUCUGCAGAGCUAUUGAGCUGCUGGAAAAAUUACAGAGAAGUGGAGAAGUGCCACCACAAAAGCUACAGGCUUUGCAAAGGGUCCUUCAAAGUGAAUUCUGUAAUGCUGUAAGGGAGGUGUAUGAACACGUAUACGAAACCGUGGAUAUCAGCAGUAGCCCAGAAGUUAGAGCUAAUGCAACAGCAAAGGCCACUGUAGCUGCAUUUGCUGCUAGUGAGGGUCAUUCCCAUCCCAGAGUGGUUGAACUACCCAAAACCGAAGAAGGCCUUGGAUUCAACAUUAUGGGAGGCAAAGAACAAAAUUCUCCAAUCUACAUCUCUCGAAUUAUCCCUGGCGGUAUAGCUGAUAGGCAUGGAGGCCUGAAACGUGGAGACCAGCUGCUCUCUGUAAACGGAGUGAGUGUCGAAGGUGAACACCAUGAAAAAGCAGUAGAACUGCUGAAGGCAGCUCAAGGAAAGGUUAAAUUAGUUGUGCGAUACACACCAAAGGUCCUGGAAGAAAUGGAGUCGAGAUUCGAAAAAAUGAGAUCGGCAAAACGCAGGCAGCAAAAUUAACAUUGUAUGCAAUAACUUAAAGAGAAAAUAUAUUCCAUUUACAUUUUAUA